CUUCGCCUUAAUUUCAACACUGUACAGAAGUACACCCUUCCCAGCCCUUUUCUUCCUCGGCCUUCCGAUUUUCCACUUCUUUCCCACCACGUCUUCCAGAAUCCGAAGCCGGAAGCCACACCGCUUCACUUCACUUUUCUUUGCCGGGUUCGGUACCCCUGAACACACCGAUUACCUGCGGGACCCAGACCAGGACCCUUCAAAUCCCGCCCUGCCCAAAACCAAAACCGCCAAGUAAACACCCACUCGCUCGCUCGCUUGCUUGCCCGCGGCGACAAAGAAAAAGAAAAACGAAAAGAAACCCAAGAAAAAAAGAUGGCCCGCACGUACUUCUGCUGGAGGGUCUGCCUGACCUUCCGCUGCGGCUGCGUCGAGUACACGGCGACGGCGCACCGCUGCGGGCCCGACCGCGACGGCUGCAACGCCUGGGUCACGCACAAGCGCACCGACAAGGACUGCGACGAGCACCGCCUCGGCUGGGGCCUGCAGCAGCAGCAGCAGCAGCAGCAGCAGCAGCAGCAGCAGCAGCAGCGCGCCGGUUCUUCCGGCUCUGUUGUGCCCGAGUCUGGGUCUGGGUCUGGGUCUACUGGUUCCGCGGCUGAGCCGGGCUUUGUUUCCGGCCGGUCGGGGAUGAUGGUGGCGGAGGGUGAGACGGGAAGGAUAGCCACUGAUGGCGGGCGGCGUCUGCAGAGCGGGGAGCGGGGAUACGACCACUACGGGAGCGGGAAGGAGGCGGGAGGGCUAGGGGAGCGGGGCGCUGAAGAAAUGGGCACGGCGUACGAGGGGUAUUACAUGCGCCGGCGGGUACAGUAAGAAGCGGGGUCUGGGUGGCGGCGUGGUGUGGUGAUGGUGACGGUGGUGGUGAUGAUGAUGAUGAUGAUGACGGUUCCGGAGUAAGGUUGUCUUAAUGGGCGGAUUCGUGGGUGUGGAUGGAGAUGGACCACGGCAUCAGAUCGAUCGGCCUGGUAGGCGCCUGAAAGGAAUCUUUUC